AAAACAUCAAAAUUGUAAAAGACCGCCAAUGCAUUGGGGUUUUAAACAAUUCCCUGAUUUUCUUCUGAAUUUUCAAAAAUUCGCUUGGAAGUAAAAAAACACCUGUGGAAUGUAUCUGGAUUCGUAAACCAUUUUUCAAAAUAUUCAAAAUAGUACCAAAAACCGUUAAUUCCCAGAAGGCGAAAGCUGUCUAGUGUUGAAAAAGGUCGCAAUACGCGCACGUGCAUCAUUGGUUGGUGCGAAAUGUAAACAAACAAAGCAGGCCAGUAAUAAAUGUUUUCGUAAGAAUGCCAGGCAAACCGGAGAGCAGCGACUCUGAUUCGGAGGAUGACGCGCAAAUGCGCCAGUUCCUGGAGGCGGCAGACACCACCCUCCUCACAAAUGCCAUGUUCCAGAAAGCCAAAGAGGAGCAACCGCUGGUCGCCGAGAUAUGCAAGGACGAUAGGCAUCCGGCCAAAAGCGAACGCUAUGUGGAGGAGCAGGAAGCUCCCACCAGCGAUCUCCAGAUCACGCAGGAGAUGCAGACACACAUCUGGAGCAGGCUCAGUGGCCUCAUCCAGGAGCAAAUAGAGUUUUCCCUGGAAACACCCAACUGCGCGGGAAAACAGAAGCCCCCACCCGACAAAGUAAGGCUGAUGUCCAAUGCUGAUUGCUAUUUAAGCGCUAACGCGGUGGAGGAAGGUCCUCCGGGUCCCAAAAAGAAACCCACCAUUAAGAAACGCAUCCCCAAAGAAGACCAAUCUUCGCCAGAAGCCCUAGGCUCUGUGGUGGUCAGUGGCGAGUCCAUACUCGAAGGCAAGGACCUGCUCGCCUGGGCUCAGAAGAAGCCGCGCCACGACAAGAUCUUCCAGUACAGAGCCAGCGAUCCAAAGGCCACCAAACUCCAGGCCAUUGAACCCACCAACGAGUUCACCAAGCGCCGGCGGCAAAACAAUUGGAACGAGUCCAAGAUUAGCAAAAAGAAAACAAAUAAAUGAAUACAAAAUAGUACAUGCGGUUAUUUAAUUAUUACACUUUGUAGGGCCGUAACAUUUUCAACUUAAAAUUAAGUAUGCUAGUCGGUAAAUACAAAACUUGAAAGUUAUAAUUAUAGUUAUUAGAGAUAUCUAUGUCUGAGAUAUUAGGGAUUACUAAAACUUUAAUAAAUUAAUAAAUGGAUUUGGGAAAAGGUCUCCUAAGGUAAAAAUAUAA